CGGGUAAAGGAAAUUGAAUUUCGAUUUCUGGAAAGAGGUUGUGGAUAUUCAAUAUGGCAGCUACCAGUGUCAACAAUAUACUGUGAAAUGAGCUGAGCCUGAACCCGCGGAUAGGAAAGAACUGUGGCUGGAGAUCUCAGAAGCAAUUCUGUUUGUAUAUUCUGCCUUUUAAAGAAAGAGACGUAGUGAGUGGAAGUGAAGGCCUUCAGGUGCCUGAUUGGCUGACGUGAGCUGUGGACUUUUUUUUUUCUUUCUCUUUUGAUUUAUUGAGGAGCGUUGGUUGUUUGGCAGCAGCAGCCUAGCUUCAUGAGAAUGGCUUCGGCUCUGCAAGCAUCAGGAGAGAGUCAGCCAGAAGUGACUCUGGAUAACAUCGAGAAGGUAAGCAUGACUACCAAAACCAAAAGUGAAGUGGACGAUGCUGUUGCACCGGCGAUCCAUGAGCUGUAUUACGACCCGUCUGCUGAUGUGAAAGAUUCAGCUCAACGUUGGCUUCUGAUGGCUCAGAGGUCCCCUCAAGCAUGGCAGUUUGCCUGGGCUCUCCUAGACCAUAACAAGGCUCCCGAGGUGCAAUAUUUUGGUGCCAGCGUACUCCACAGCAAAAUAUCACGCAGCUGGCCUGAGGUACCUUCAGAGCAGUAUGAAAUGCUACGCACUCAACUCUUCCAACAGAUUUUCAACUCGGCCUUAGGAACACGCAUUGUACUCACAAGACUAUGUGUAGCACUCUCAUCGUUUGCUCUGAGUACGAUGCCUGAUGUCUGGCCUGAUGCUGUGAAGAGUAUCAUAGAGACGUUCCAGCAGGCCCACACACCUCAUCUAGAUGCUAUGCAUAGAUGUGCUGCACUCCUGGAACUACUUACAGUCUUACCGGAAGAAUUUCAGACAGCUCCUAUGUCUCAGCAUAGGAAGAGCACAGUCAGACAUGAACUGGAGAAGGGCAUGGUGCAUGUGUUGCCUCUGUUGCAGUCCUUGUUAGAGCAAGAUGACUCACCAACUCACAUCAGACAUCAAGCUCUACGAUGCUUCUCAUCUUGGGUUCAACUCAGCGUACCACUCACUGAAAUAGAAUCCUUCCAGAAACUUCUCUUUCAACUCAUCCAUGAUCCAGAUCUCUUUGAUUACUGCGUCGAUUCUUUGGUCAAUGUCGUAUCACAGCCCACAGCACACAAAUACCCAUCAAUAGUGAGGAGUAUAAUACGGGAAGUACUCAAGUUACAAGAAAUGUUGGCUUCAUCAGUCAGAGAAAAGAACAUGGACACUGUCCAGGGUCUCUGCAGACUGGCUGUGACGUUAGGUGAGAACCAUACCAAGCUACUAGUAGAAAGCACAGGAGAAGACAAACAACACGCCAUGGAGUUCACAAGCUUAGUACUGGGUUUCACAGCUUUACCUGGUCACUAUCCUGUAGAUGAAACCAUUAGCAACAUGCCGUUUGGAUUCUGGUAUCUGUUACAGGAUGACAUAGUAUCGGCGGACACAGACAAGCUGGAGUCGUACGUACAGACCUACGCCCCAGUAUUUCUACAGCUGGUAGAAGUCAUGCUCAGAAAAGUGCAAUAUCCGGAUGAUGAGGAGUAUGAUGGCUGGACUGAAGAUGAAAAGGAGCAAUUUAGAUGUUACAGACAAGACAUUGGAGAUACGUUAAUGUACUGCCACACAUUACUGAAGGAUCCCUUAUUAAAUCAUCUCUAUGCAUCAUUAACGAGAAUACAAGACCAAGAUUCCUCAUGGCAGCAUGUGGAAGCAUGUUUGUUUGCGUUCCGAUCGAUAGCUGAAGGAGGUGACUAUGGCGACGAUCAGUGUGCAGCGAACCUUCUUCAACUCAUUGGACAAAUCAACAUGUCCCACGUCAAACUAGCAUCUACUGCCCUCUACAUGCUAGGUGCAUACUCAGAAUGGUUAACAGACAUGCCUGAAGCACUGGGUUCUAUUAUACCAGUCUUACUAUCAGGUUUGAAUGAUGCAGAAUUAGCAGCUCCAGCAACGAUGUCAUUAAAGGACAUAGCGUCAGACUGUAUACCUGGAAUGAGGGCACACGCUGAAGUCAUUCUUACCGCCAGUCAACAGGCUCUCAUGGCUAAUGUUCUCAAGUCGAGGGAAGCCACCAGAUUGAUGUCCGUGAUUGGUUUAGUGCUCUCAUCACUGCCCCAAGCUGAUAUCAUGAACUACUUAGAGGUCAUACUAACUCCUCAUGUACAAGCUCUUGAAGAGGUGGCCAACCAACAGCCAUCUCCCUCAGGGAAGUCUACCAUCUUAGUGAAGCUGACCAUGAUGGCUAACCUCUGUGCCUCACUAGACAUCAAGAGAGAGGACAAGUCCAUUAUAGGUAAAGGGGAGAUUGAGAGCAAGUCAUCAGCAGGGACGCAGGAUACACAGCCUGUGCUUCUUAUACUGCAGAAGAUCUUACCAAUCGUAGAGAAGCUGCUCAAUAUGUGGAUCUCCGACGCUGCCAUUGUAGAGUCUGUCUGUGAGUUGUUGAAGCGUGCGAUGAGAACCUUACUCGAUGACCUUCAACCUCUGGUGCCUCAGUUAUGUGACCUUCUGUGUCGGAUGUACAACACUGUCCCUCAACCAACCAUGCUAGAUCUAGCACAACAGAUCAUCAUCUUGUUCGGGAGUGUUGUGUCUCUCAAUUCUGCCAUCGCGUCGCUAUUCCUACAACUCUCAUCAAAAACAUUAUCAUUACUGCCAAACAAUGCCAGAGAGCAUACCGAUGUAUUAGAAGAAUACAUGACAACUUGUGCUCAGUUGUUAAAAAAGCACACCAAAAUCUUCACCUUGGAUGAGUUGAACCUAGCGGCUAUCUUUCAGUGUGGUCUGGUUUCCAUGACGAUGCCUGAGAAUCACACCAUCAAGGCUUGCUGUCUCUUCUUUGGAAACUUUGUAUCACAGAGCGAUAACUUACCAGGAGCAGGAGAGGUUUUAACGCAGCAUGGGAAACCAUUAGUGGAGCUAACACUCAAGGCCAUAACUGGAGGAGCUCCUAGGAAUGUGGUAGAUAACUUGUCGGACAUCUUGUUUUCUCUCAACAAACACGCCUUUACCAAGUUCUCUGGCUGGAUAACGGAUAUCAUGCUCAACACUACCGUAGAGUUACCCAGGGCAACCAAAGAACAAAGAGAACAUUUUGGCAGCACCAUUCUGAGGAACCGUGCUAACAAGAGGCAAGUGAGAUCUCUUGUGAAGGAGUUCAGCUUGAUCUGUCGAGGGUUACAUGGAACUGAUUAUGCAGAGUACUGAUGUCAUCCAUCACUCGUUGUAUGCAUCUCUCUUGCCACUGAGUUUCACUACGAAGGACACAAGGUAUAAUGUCUCUUCUGCACUUCUUACAACGCUUGAUGAUAGUAGUCUGUAAUGGCUUGCGAUACUUUCAAUGUUUUUCAGUGGAUCACUAGCCAAGGUUUAUUUCUAAUAAUGUUACAUGUUAUUUUUGAAGUAGUGCGCAGAUGUAUGGGGCUAUUCGAACAGUAACACAUAUGCAUUUCCCCUCCAACUUCAAUCUAACUUGAGAACGAAAAUUAACACUGCUUCAUCAUGCCAUGACUCACUUUAUAAGCAAUUGUCGUAAACUCGUCUGAAGGCUUGUUCAGACACGAUGCAGUAAACUACCGCAAAAAAGCUGCCAUGGUUUUGUAAGGAUAAAAUGAAUGGCAACUGUGCGCACUAAAGGACAUGUGCGUAUUUAUCGAGCUCUGUGUUAUAACAUAUGGAAAUGUGAAGCAUAUAACACUUUAACACCAUCUUUAAAAAAAGAGCUGUUUUGACGUUUCAUAUCUGAACGAGCCUUCAGCAUCAUUAUUUAUAUGCCAUUGUUAGGUUAUGUGACAGGCCAAAACUAAAUAUGUGAAAUUAAAAGUUUUAAAAUUAUAUCACGUGUGGGAAAAUCUUUCUAUUCAAGAUCUGUCAAAAUGUCCCUCUUUCAUCUGUGACAUAUAUUAUAUGAGUAUAUUUACUAGGUGUAUAAGAACCAUUGUGCAAUUGUUUGGUUAAUGAAUAUCUAUAUUUAUUCACUUCAAAAUGGAACUGUAUUUGGAGAGGCUGAAGUGAACUUUGAUCAAGUAAAGUCAAGUUCAUAUUGAACAUUUUCUUUUUUCAUGCCGAUGAUUCAUUAAAAUAUUACAAAGCAUUGCUGCUUUCUGUUUCUAGCAAGCCUGUCCAAACUAGGACUAGGUUCAGAAAUUUAAAAAACGAUCAUGUUCCUGACAGAAUUCCUCAAAUGGAUGGACAAUGAAGGUACUUUUCAAGAUAAACUCUUUCCCAAGUAUUUAUCAUUCUUUGACUACAACUAUGCAAUCAAUUUUAGUCUGUAUAUCAUCUAUAUUGUUAACAAUAGUUGUAUUAAUGCUUCAAAAUCGAACUAAAUAUUUUAGAAAUUUGACAUACAUGUAGUUGUAUCCGUGCCCUACUGCCAGGCACUGGACAAACAUAGAAACAUGUAGAAAUGCAAUACCUGUGUAAUAGGUACCGGUACAUAUUUGAAAUACCCUUUAAAAAUACAAAACAAUAGAAAAUGAUAAGGCAAGUUAUAAAUCCUGUUUGCUGUGUGAGUCAAAGCUAUGUGAAAAUUAAUAACUAAUUUAUUUUUGCACUCGUGAAAUGUUGUUAUGCCUCCAUCACCAAAUGUGAUUCAAGAGUAUUGUAACUGAUUUAAAUCACAACAUGAAAUAUGUUGAGAGAAUGUGAAUUAUCUAGUAGAAUCAUGAAAUACAUUUACCUGUAAUUUUCUAGUUUAUGAAUUUUUUACAAUUUUUAAAUAAUAAAGCUGUAUGUUUAUCGAAAUCUGUUAGGGAUAUUGUAGAUGUUUCUGUUUUUAUUGUUACUUUGCAAUAACUUGACAAGUGUAAACUGAAGAUGAUAGUGAAAUGAACAUGAUUAGUCCCUAAUAUUGGACUAAAAAUGCUACUUUGCUAUUGAUGAUUUUUAAUUUAUUAUAAAUGGAAUAUUAUAGUAUAGCAUGUUCUUCUUGGAGCUCUUCAUACUGUCUUCUAGGGUUCCUGUGGUUAAGUGCUUGAUACUAGUGAUUUUCAAUCAGUAGGCCAUGGUUGUGAACUAUGCAUUGUUCAAAUGUUGGUUCAGAAAUUGCUCUACAUAAAGGGAAUAAUGUUUCUGAACAAUGUUGAGAAGUUUUAUUCCUAACUCAUCUAAUGCUUUCGACUAAUUUAGGAUAAAAAGUGAUCUAAUUGAGUAAAAAAAAAAUUAUGAGUGAGGCAAACAAAUCUUACAUUAAUGAGAUUGGUGUUUAAGCCUUGAGACAAAAUAUUUCAUCCGCAGUUGUCAGCUGAGGUGUAUAAAUUCUACUCUUAGCAGGUAUUAUAUAGCCUUAAGUCCAUGCAAAAACCGAAACCAGGGUAUCGAUUUCCAGAGUGCAUGGGACAUUGUACGAUAUGCAUCAAAAUAGAAUCUUAUCUCUAACAUUUAGAAGGCUUGUUCAGAUAAGGCGUGGUAAACCCCCAAAACAACAACCCCAAAACGCCACAUUUCAAUAUUUUUUGUUAACGUUAAAUGAAUGACAACUGUGCACGACAAAUGACUUGCAUGUCUUCACUGAGCUCUGUGUUAUAAGAUACAGCAAUGUGAAGCAUAUAACACUUUACCUUAUCAUUAAAAAACAUUGCAGUUUUGCCGUGUCGUAUCUGGACGAGAAUGUAGUCAUGUAAAUAACUUUGUAAUAUAUAAUUUUUAAAUGUUUGUAAAAAAAAAAUGAAUCCUUUGCUUGAACCCUUGUACAGUGUUCUGAACCUCCAUUCAUUAUGAAAAUACAAGAAUAAAUAAGCUACACCCAUGAAUUUUGUUCUCACUUUUUUGUGGGGGGGGGGGGGGGGGGGGGGGGGGUAGGUUGCAACUACCAGGUAAAAAAGGAUAUACUCUUAAUGUAUUUGUAUUUCAUAUGUUGAAGACUGUUGUACAUAACAAAUAUUUAUCUGGUACUUUUCUCUGUAAAUUCUAUAUAUGGGUAUCACAAUCAAUUAAAAUAAAAGAAUGGGAGAAUUGAAUCUUGACUCCUAAACGUCAGUAUGACAGACUUUGUAAUGAUAUCAUCUAUUGAGGGGCUUUAUGUACCACAGUCUAUCAUGAAAGAAACCCUGCCAACUUUAAUAAAGCAAGCAAGUAUAGAUGAACACUAUGUUCUUUAUCGUGAUAAACGCUUAGGUUGUACAGAGGAAUGUAAGCAUCUUUUUGUAUCUUUUGUAAUAUGCAGAAUGUUUUAUAUUCUGAAUGUCGAAAACAAAUUAAAGACAAUUAUCAUUAAA